AUGACGGACCUUCCGACCCCCUCGAUACGCACGGCAUCGCCCGGUAUCAAGCAGGUAGCUUUUGAUCACAAGUGCCAGGUCAUCCCAGAAGGCGACUGCGCAGAGCUCCGCAAGCUGCUCAGCUUCUGCCCCAUUCGCGCAAAGAGCCCUCCGAUCGUCGGCUCACGCAACUCUCCCGGCUUGAUCGCUCGAGCUAUCUCACCACAACUGGCGCGAGCAAAGUCACCCAACCUCAAGAGGGCGACAACCAUCGGCAAUGCUGCGCCCAACUCAUCCACCUCUUGGAGGACCCGGGUCGCCAGCUGGGGAAGCAAUAAAGGCGCAGCGAAUGGGUAUGAUAGUGUCAGCAGCGUUGCAGCCAGCUCAUCCACCUCACCUCCACCGCAGACCAAGGCGACGUCGCCGAGCAGCGUCGAGGGCCCUCGGCUAGUGGCUCCAGUGCCUUCCAGAGGCAUGCCCAGCCUCAUGGCUCCCUUCGACGACGACGAAUCCGUCGACGUUUCGCCUUCCAACGAGAGCGUUGACUUUGACGACAUCCAUGCCGAAUUUCAGAACGCCAUUUCGGGUGUAGCCAUGCACCAGCUUCAAUCGCCCGUUGCGACGGUUCAUGCUGCCAUCUCCCCCAUCUUGCAGCAGUCCCGCCCCAUCAGUCCUUUCGUUCGCAGCGUCAGCGAGCUGCGAUCUCAACGGCCUCUCUCUAUCGGUCGACCCAAGAGCUGCCUCGUCCGCUCCAGCACACCACAGGCACCCGGACCGCCUAGGCUGUUGGACGAUGGCAUGACUCCGCUGCGUGCCACUCGGUCCCAUGAUCGUGUCCCUUGCUUUGCGCAACGCAGGCGAGCUGAUGGUGUUCCUGUAGUAUGUCCGUCCCCUUCGCCACUUAGCACGCCGGAUGACGAAGCAGGCAUGGACGACUGGAGCUCGAGGGCGGAAGGAUCGCAGUCGGCGCACAAGCACAAGCAAGCCGCUGUCGUGCCAGAAAAGUCGAAGAUGUCUCGUUGGAGACGCUUCCGUAGAGCCGCUUCGGAGGACACUGCGCGCUUUGAGUCCAACAGCGUCGCUAGCCUAGCCUCGGAAGCGCAUUUGGACGACGCAGCCGUUCGACGCAAGCUGCAAGCGGGUCGAUGGCCCUUCGAAGCACCCCUCAACGCAGAGUGCAGUUGCAAGAAUUGUCAAGACAAGAUCGAAGUCGGGUUGAUGUCCAACUACGAACCCAAGUGGACCCGAGCAGCUAGGAUCAGGUGGCUGGAGGGACAAGAGGAUGUCACAGCACCCGCCAAGGACAGUGCAGCGUCUUCGGCUGCAGGACCCAAGCAGUUGCGACACUCUUCCAGCCGAACCGCCAUUCAGGCAGACGAAGUAGCUCAACUGCACAACGAGACGGUCCAUCCCAUGACAGCAGCCGAGUUGGCCGAAGAGCCCAUGUCGCCUGCAGCAGAAAGGGGCGAGCCCGAUGCAUUCACGCCAGCUACCACAGAGCCUGUCAUCGCUGUACCCAAAUUACCCAAUCCAACGGGCCUGCAAGACGGCGACGACACGCUCCGAAGGGAGAUCAUGGCAAAGCGACAACAGAAAGCACGGCAGAGUCCCGUCUUGCGUCACGGUGCCAGGAGCAUGAUGCGCCAGAUCGAAGAGGCGGAACGCAGAGAGCAGGAAGCGGCGCGGGCCCGAUCAUAUUGCAGGACCGCUUCUGGGUCUGGACGCUCUUCUCCCGUCUCGCCCGCCAUGUCGCCAUCAUUGAUGAUCCCAUCGAGCCCAGACACGGUCUCGACCCCGUCGCUCGAGCCGCAGGCCCCUGGCCAGACCCCGACGCCAUCAUCGUUCUUUGAAAUGCCGCCAGCGCCUCCCGAACGGGUUCGGUCGCCGUUGAUCCCCGCUGACGAGGCUUUCAAACCUCGGUACGUGAGGUCAAGCGCAACCGAAGAUUCGGCUGGUAUGUCGAUGGCGAGCGUGGCGCAAUCGCUGGAAGAGAUGGUCUCAGCUGCGGAUUGUCCCGCUUCAGGGUCUCCACACAUACAGCAAUAG